AUGAACUCAAACAAUAAUAACACACUACGAUAUUUUUACUCAGUCAAUGAUGCUACUACUCGGCUUGAUAAAUUAUACCAAAUGGAACAACAUAACGAAUCUGCCGACAUUCGGUCCGACUUCGUUGACGGAUCCUAUCUUCCUAUAUUAAAUGAAAAAAACGUCUUGCUUGAUCCAGAUUGCAGCUUUGUUUCUGAUAUUCCAAUAAUAGAGAUCGAGUUCAUACCUGAUUUGCCUAACCUCUCGACAAUUGGUAACGAUAAUGAACUUACACAGGUCGAUCAACAUUUAGAGGAUCAACAAGACGAAGAUUCUCAAGCACACCACCCGAAUCAUAAGCACAUAAUAUCACGGAAGGCACAUUUCGCUAAAUAUAGCCAAGCUAAUAACAAGAAAUUUUUUUGUUCUAAAAGUUUAUGGUUUAAAUUCUUAUUAUUUUAA